UCAUCAUUGGCAGGCUGCUGGAGCGCUACAAUCAGACAGGCGGUGAAGGACACCGGGGUACACACGCUGCAGCUGCGGGUGGGCUACUCCCUGUGGGAUGACUUCCCUCCAAGCCGGGGUGCUGCAAUAUGCCUACGACAGCCAGGACUUCAUCGGCUUUGACGGGCAGCGGGGGCUGUGGGUGGCGGCCGUGCAGCCAGCUGUGCUGUCCAAUCAGCGCUGGGAGGCCAACCGGCCCUGGUGCCAGUUCCUGCAGCACUACCUGCAGCAGGAGUGUGUGGAGAUGCUGAGGAGCCUCGUCCAGCAUGGCAGGGAGACCCUGGGGCGCCAGCUGCCCCCCGAGGUCUCGGUUUCCUGCAGAGAUGCCCCCGAUGGCUCCAUCACCCUCUCCUGCCAUGCCAGGGGCUUUUACCCAUGUCCCAUCCAUGUCUCCUGGGUGCGGGAUGAAGAAGACAUCCUGGCAGAGACAGACUCCAGCGGGAUUCUACCCAAUGCAGACAGCACCUACUACACGCAGUCGUCCCUGGAGAUCUCCCUGCAGCAGGACGGGCACUGCUAUGCCUGCCAGGUGGAGCACACCAGCAGGAGCAGCGCCAGGGUUUUUGGUGCCCUAGGCAGGGUCUUUCCGCUCUCCUGUAAGAAGGGGCCCCUGUCCCCUGGAGUCCUGGUCUCCCUCGUUCUGGCCAUGCUGGCAGGGGCUGAUGCUGCAGUAACCGGUGUUAUCAUGUGGAGGAGAAAUCACUCAG